UCCGAGCGCGGCGGGCGGGGCUCCGGGCGCGGGCCUGACGCCAUCAUGGCGGCGCGGCAGCUGCUGAGGGCGGCUCCGGGGCGGCGCGGCUACAGCGGCGCGGGCGCCGCCGAGUUCCUGCACCGCAGCAUCGUGCCCACCAUGCACUACCAGAAGAGCCUGCCCAGACUGCCAGUUCCCAAGCUAGAAGAUACAAUUACGAGAUACCUGAAUGCCCAGAAACCACUUUUAAAUGAUGACCAGUUCAGGAAAACUGAAGAACUUGCUCAUGCCUUUGAAAAGGGGAUUGGAAGAGAGCUGCAUGAGGAACUGGUUGCUCAAGACAAUCAGAACAAGCACACAAGUUACAUCACAGGUCCCUGGUUUGACAUGUACCUCAAAGCACGUGAGCCUGUUCUUUUGAAUUUUAAUCCAUUUAUGUCUUUUAAUCCUGAUCCGAAAUCGGAAUACAACGAUCAGCUCAUACGGGCUACAAACAUGACUGUUUCUGCCAUACGUUUUAUGAAGACCUUCAGGGCUGGUUACCUUGAGCCAGAGGUUUUUCACCUCAAUCCAGAAAAAAGUGACACUGAGAUCUUUAAAAAAAUUAUCCGCUUUGUGCCUUCUUCAAUUUCUUGGUUUGGUGCCUACAUGGUCAAUGCUUACCCCCUAGAUAUGUCUCAGUACUUCAGGCUUUUCAAUUCUACACGGCUUCCUAAGCUCGACAAAGAUGAGCUUUAUACAGAUGAAAAAGCAAAACAUUUAUUAGUGUUGAGAAAUGGAAAUUUUUAUGUGUUUGAUGUUAUUGAUAGAGAUGGAAACAUGCUGAAACCCUCAGAAAUACACGCGCACUUGAAAUACAUCCUUAGUGACAACAGUCCGGCCCCGGCCUUCCCUCUUGGCUACCUCACCAGUGAAAACCGAGAUACAUGGGCAUUGCUGAGGAAGAAUCUACUGGACAAUGGCAAUGAAGAAGCUCUUCAAAAAGUAGACUCUGCUAUGUUUUGUUUAUGUUUAGAUGAUUUUCCCAUUAAAGACUUAGUGCACUUGUCCCACACUAUGUUGCAUGGAGAUGGUGCAAACCGCUGGUAUGACAAAUCCUUUAGUCUUAUCAUAACUAAGGAUGGCACUGCAGGGAUUAAUUUUGAACAUUCCUGGGGAGAUGGUGUGGCUGUGCUCAGGUUCCAGAAUGAGGUUUUUAAAGAUAGCACCACGACACCAGCCAUCAGCCCCCAGUCCCAGCCUGCUUCAGUUGACUCUUCCAGAGCAGUGCAGAAACUUGACUUUAAGCUGAACGAUGCCUUAAAAGCAGGGAUUACCAAAGCCAAACAGAAGUUUGAAGCCACUAUAGAAUCACUGUCUCUUAACAUGAUUCAGUUCCAAGAAGGGGGCAAGGAGCUGCUAAAACAGAAGAAGGUGAGCCCAGAUGCUGUGGCACAGCUGGCCUUCCAGAUGGCUUUCCUUCGCCAGUACGACCAGACUGUUGCCACGUACGAGUCCUGCAGCACUGCAGCUUUCAAGCACGGCCGCACAGAAACCAUACGGCCUGCCUCUGUCCACACAAAGAAAUGCUCUGAAGCCUUUGUCAAGGGACUCUCCAAACACAGCACUGAAGAGCUGCAGAACCUGAUAGUGGAGUGCUCCAAGUACCACGGCCGUUUGACGAAAGAGGCUGCUAUGGGCCAGGGCUUUGACCGGCACCUCUUCAGCCUGCGCUACCUGGCCUUAUCCAAGGGGCUGGCACUGCCGGAAUUCUAUCAAGACCAAGCCUACGCUCGCCUCAAUCACAACAUCAUUUCCACCAGCACCUUGGUGAGCCCGGCUGUGCAGUUAGGAGGGUUUGGCCCCGUGGUGUCUGAUGGCUUUGGAGUAGGGUAUCAGGUACAAGAUGACUGGAUAGGUUGUAAUGUUUCCUCUUACCCAGCUAGGAAUGGUAAAGAAUACCUUCAGUGUAUAUACAAGUCACUAGAAGAUAUCUUUAAUGUUUUAAAGGGCAAGAAAAUUGGGAGUUAGACAUUAAGACAUUGGAACGCUUUACAGUUGUAGAACAAAAUGCAGAUUAUGUCUGACAUACUAAUCAGUGUUCAACAUGGAUGAGAUUGCCCAGCCUAACUGGGUUCAUAUGUCAUCACUGAACUUGAAUACUGUUAAAUUCACUAGGAAAUUUCUAUCUAUUUCAAAGAAAUCAAUUACAGACCUUGAAUGCGUUUCAGGAAAUACAGACAUUAGCUACAUCAAAUUAAGUAAUAGAUCCAUGUGUUCUUAAAACACAUAAUCUAAAAUAGGCAUUUUUAUUGAGUUAAUGAACUUGGAACAUCUGUGUUCCGUGAAUGUUCGGACAGACUACAGUACUGUGAUACCACUCUUGAACUGUUUGGUUUUAAAAAAAUAUAUGCAAUAAUUUUAAACAUGGAAGAGUGGUUCCAUUUGCACUCUUGCAGUAAGCUUGCUUACUAACUUAUCUCUUUAAACUUGAAUUUAUAUCAGAACUGAUUGUGCCUCAACUGCUUGAAGCCUUUCCACUAUAACAGCUUUUAGAGACACAAAAAAUGAAGUGGGAGGCUUUAAGAAACCUGCAGUCACCAACUAGGUUGUUAAACUGACUGGAAACAACUGAAUUUUAAUAAAGCUGCCUAUUAAUAA